CCAGCCUUGCCACUUGCAAACUCUGGCGCCCUCCUCCAGCCCGGGCAAGGCCCGGGGCCCUGGGCAGCCUCCAGGUGCAGUGCCCUCCGGUGGGCCGCACCCUACCCGCUGCCCUGGGGCAUGUCUCUACUCACCAAUUAUGAGGGGCUUCGGCAUCAGAUCGAGAGGCUGGUGCGGGAAAAUGAGGAACUGAAGAAGCUGGUGCGGCUCAUUCGGGAGAAUCAGGAGCUCAAGUCGGCAAUCAAGACGCAAGCAGGUGCCCUGGGCAUCAGCGGGUUCAGCAGCGGGCUUGGUGAGGCGCCAACUGGACCUUCUCAACGCCAGGGUGUCUUCCUGCCCCCGGCCCCAGCCGCAGCCAAUGAACCCGUCGUGGACGAAGUGGGGAUUAUGGGGCUGUCGUCCACGGCCGACAUACUCAACAGCCCACAGCUCAGCCCCACCGCAGGCAGCAUGCUGCUGCCCUCCACAGGGCCCAUCUCGCAGAACAGCGCGCUCGCCAGCCUCCUGAACAGCCCCCUGGGCAGCUACCUAGCCUGCCCCAUGGCGGUGCCCAUGCCGAGCGCAAUAGCCAGCUCUCUGGGCCUGCCCUCCACCGGCUCCCUGACGCCACACAGCCACCUGAGCGGCUCCAUGAUGGUGCCCCCGGCGGGCACGCUGACCAGCUCCCUGGGCCUGCCUUCGACCGGCUCCCUGACGCCCAGCAGCCCCCUGGUGGGCCCCCUGUUCACCUCCACGACUGCCCCUCCAGGUGCUUCUCAGAACCUUCCGGCCAAUGAGGCCGCCCGGGUGCGGCUACCAGAGCCCCUCCAAGGAUCGGCCUCUGGACCUCAUUCCUCAGCUGGCGCUGCAGGGCCUGCUGCCACCGGCAAAAUCCCACUCUCCACCGAGCACCCCCUGCCGACCCAGGACCCCGAGUCCUUCAGCGUGACGUUCGUGGGUGGGCCCAUCCAGACCUCCACCCCUGUCGGCGCCGUGGGCACGUCGGGCUCCGUGACCGCCUUCUCCUUCAGCACCUCAGAGGCCCAGACUCAGCCGGGUGCCCCUCAGGGACAAGCAGCGGCUGCCCUAGUCCCCACCCCCCCAGCUGUCUCCCCCAUCGUCCCCUCUGCCCCUGAUCCUGCUCCCCCAGCUGCCACCCAUCACAGCCCCUCAAACACCGCCCACAUUGCCCAGGGCACCACCCACUCUGCCACCGGAGUGAACCACUCCCUCACCCGGCCCGCACCGACCUCCCACACCCCGCCCCGCACCUCCUCCUCCCCGGCUUCUGUCAACGGCCCACGCGGCCCUGAAACGGCUCGGAAGAGCAUCCUGGACUUGGAGCGGAAGCUGGCCCACCGCAAGACCAGCAAGUUCCCUGAGACCCCCCGAGGUCGGUGCUGUCCCGGGGUGGACUCCUGUCUGGGGGCUCCUGGCCGCCCUCGGAGACCCCUCCAGGUGCCUGCCUGGGCUAUAGACCACGCCACUGCCCACCCCCUCCACCCCUUGCCGUUCCCAGAGCCGAAGCAGCUGGCCUUGGAGAGGUUGGUGGGCGAGAUCGCGUUCCAGCUGGACCGCAGGAUCCUGUCCAGCAUUUUCCCGGAGCGCGUGCGCCUCUAUGGCUUCACCGUCUCCAACAUCCCCGAGAAGAUCAUCCAGGCCUCCCUGAACCCCAAUGACCACAAGCUGGAUGAGGAGCUGUGCCAGACGCUCACCCAGCGCUACGUGAGCAUCAUGAACCGGCUGCAGAGCCUGGGCUACAACGGGCGGGUGCACCCGGCGCUGACGGAGCAGCUGGUGAACGCCUACGGCAUCCUGCGCGAGCGGCCCGAGCUGGCCGUGUCCGAGGGUGGCUCCUACACCGUGGACUUCCUGCAGCGCGUGCUGGUGGAGACGGUGCACCCCAGCAUGCUCACCGACGCGCUGCUGCUGCUCUCCUGCCUCAGCCAGCUGGCGCACGACGACGGCAAGCCCAUGUUCAUCUGGUGACGGCCGCCUGCCCGCCGGCCCAGGCUCGCCGGGCCCAGCUCCCCACGCGUAGACAUUAAAGAUUCCCACUGAUGCUGGCCGCUGGGCCUGCCCGCA